CUACCUUUUCUCUCUCUCCAUAUCUCCAUAUCACUACAUAUACAUUCAACACCACCACCACCUCUAUCACUAAUGGCUCCACCGGUUGCUAUUGAUACUGGUGCUACUACUGAGAAACUAAACAUUAGUGAUAAAAUCUAUGCCAGGCUUAGGUUGGCAAAAGAAUCCGACGUGAGCCAUAUUUACAAGCUGUUUUACCAGAUCCACGAGUACCAUAGUUUGACGCACCUCUAUAAAGUGAGCGAGGACUCCUUGUGCAACAUGCUGUUCAAAUCAAACCCUAACCCUCCGUUCUACUCCCCGACCAUCCUCCUCGUCGAGGUCUCGGCCACCGAGUUCCCCGCCCCGACCCCUGACGAGUCGGGGUUCGAGCCGAUCGUCAAGGCGUUCGACCUCAAAGCCCCGGUGGCCGACGACGAGUGCGCCGCCUUCCGGUCCAACGUCGCCGACCACGAGGCCUACAUCGCCGGCUACGCCUUCUUCUUCCCCAACUACUCCUGCUUCUACGACAAGCCCGGGAUCUUCUUCGAGAGCCUCUAUUUCCGGGCUAGCUACCGGAAAUUGGGGAUGGGGCGGCUGAUGUUCUCCACCGUCGCCGCCAAUGCCGCCGACAAGGGAUUCUCGUCCGUCGAGGGGAUCGUGGCGGUGUGGAACAAGAAAUCCUACGACUUCUACGUCGACAUGGGCGUCGAAAUAAUGGACGAGUUCCGGUACGGCAAGCUCACCGGCGACGCUCUUCAGGCGUAUGCUAAGAACAAGAGUUCUUAAUUUAAUUUAUUGCAAAUUAAAUUAAAUCCGCAUAUAAUAAUUUUGUUGUUUGUGUUUGUUUUAUAUUUUAAUUUCCAUAUGAAGUACUAAAGUACGAUGAAAUGUUUUUUUUUUUAAAAUAUGUAUUUUAUUUGCUCUAUUGUCUUUUUAGGGACUUGUAUUAGAGAAUUUUCAUCAGUUGUAUUAUUACUGUAUAUUUGCUGCGGGCGAUUCUCGGAAUAAAUAUACAAAUAAAAUAAAAUAUGAAUUGACUAA